AUGUCCGAAAGUGGCAGUGUUGAAGCAGUGACAGUUAAACCUGAAUCUAUAGUUGAUCAAUCAGUUUUUGCUAGUGAAAAUGUUUCAGCGUUGGUGAAGGAAACUGUAGAAAGAAGUGGAAAAAAUCCGAUAUCAUUGUUCACUGAAAUGUAUGUUCAGGUUUGUAAUUUACUUUUUUUUUAAAUUUUAUUUGGAAUGAAAGUCAGAAUUUGCAGUUGACCGCAAUGUCUCCAGAAAUGCAAUUCGAAACUCGAACAAUUGAGGAAAAUCAAAUUAAAUUCCUAUGUUUCACAUCGUUUGAUGGGAUUUAUAUAGAAGGCGGAUUAUUUUCACAGAAGAAAAAGGCAAAACUUUCGUGCGCUUUGAAAGGAUUGAGUGUUUUGUUGAAUUGUUUGAGUCAACCAUUUCUAGCCGAUGCGAAAUUCGAAGAAGAAACAACGAUUUUCGAAUUGAUGAGAGAGCACACUUAUGCAAAGUUUUAUGAUUUAUCGAGAGAGAAUCCGGAAAUUUAUGGAAUGGAGAAAGUGAUUGCGAGUGUGUUUAUUAAAGUUGAUGAGCAAUUGAGAUUGAUUACGUUGGCGACGGGGAAUAAAUGUCUACGAGGUGAGAGUUUCAACAAUUUUUGA